AUGUCGUCGAUGGUACUCGUUCCACUUGACGAUGCAUUCGUGGCGCGUCUUCGGCACCGCAUCCAAAAUGAAUCUCACCUCUUGUCUGACACGGCAUUGAAUUACUGGCGAGACCUCCUGCAACACUUCAAUGGCAGAUCAGACUAUGAAAUCAGGGCAUACAUCGCGGAGAACUUCAGGCAAAACCGCUGGAGAGGCGACGAGCAAUGGUUCCUCGACCAGUACAUUCAAGGGCUGUUUAGAGGGUAUGACCGAGCUGCAUUUGAUGCGUCGAACAUACCUGCGCUUGACAUCCAAGCUCGAGAUGCCUACAACCCCAGCAAUACGUUUGGGCGCGGCCCCUUGUUCCCUUCACAGCCUACUGCCAACGCGGGCCAGGCAGAGCUCAACCACCAACAAUUCAUAGCAUUGCCUCCUGAGCAGCGGCAGCAUUAUCAACUCACCAGCGUCUUCGGCGGUAAUCGAUACCAACGUGUACCAAAUACAAACACGAUACCUACGGGAGGCCCCUCAGGACAACAGAUUGGUACCGCACAGCAAACUCAGCCUACUUUACCCCCGCCACGAUACGACGACACCAUUGCUGCCGACGCGCUCAUCGAUGACGGACCCGGUGACCAGGGCAUACCAGUCGACUCAUCGUCAGGACCAGGCCAAAACCCACAGGCGAGUACACCAGCAAACCAAUCUCAGCGGAAUCCCACCACGCCAUUCUCAACAGUGCCAACUAGUGGAACCCAGCCAGGAGGCCUGGGAGGCGGCGGAAUCGUGGACUACCCGGCACUGCCAACGUCGAGCCCCCAAAUUCCAUCAACAGGCAGCGGAGAUGGCACCGUCAGCGGGCGGAACGCCGCCAGCAACAGGCUCUGGAAUCCCAGCAACGGGCUCGACGCCACUAGGAACUGUUCCUGGAACUACAUUAGCAGGCCCGACACCGCCAACAACAGGCAGCGGAGAUGGCACCGUCAGAUACCCCGACUUGCCAUCAUUGAGCACUCAAAUCCCAGCAGCGGGCGGAACGUCACCAGGAACUGUUCCUGGAACUACAUUAGCAGGCCCGACGCCGCCAACAACGGGCCAGAGAAUUCCAACAACAAGCCCAGCGUUACCAGGAACUGUUCCUGGAACUACAACGGCAGGCCAAACACCACCAAGAACAGGCCCCAGAAUUCCGACGGGCCUGACGCCACCCAUGACAGUUCCUGGAACUACGGCAGCAGGCCCAACGCCGCCAGCAACAGGCCUUGGAAUUUCAGGAUUGGGCUCGAUCCUGCCAGGUACAGGCCCUGGACUCCCAACAGCGGGUUCGACGCCGCCGGGGACAGGCCCCGACCGGACGCCGACAACCAUCAUGAUUUCCGUAACCAGAGGCAACCGUCCAUCGCCGUGCGCCUCAGGCAUGCGAUCAACUACCUCAACGAUGCGGACAUCGACCGGGACAUGCAUUUUGAGCGGCGCAUCAAUGAGCUGGAGCUGUAUUUCAAUUACCUACUGAACGACUAUCAACCUGCCAUAAGCCCAGAGACGCGGGAACUGGUCCAUCAGGGGCUCGAGAAAUUACAGGCGCACCAGCUCUAUAAUAAGACCAAAUACGGGCCGCAAACCCCCAACACGGUUAUCACCGCGGACAUGAUCCCUGGGCGCCAGCCCAGGCUCAAGUACGACGGCAAGCUGCCCCUAAUCCUUGGUCGGGACCGCAACGACAAUCAGAACCUGCUGCCGCAUGACUUCCCCACCCACCCGCGGGCGGAGACGAUCGUCAAUGACACAUGGCUCACGGAUGUCGAGCAGCGAGCCGGGCUUGACGGGCCAAGGCGGGAUGACGGAGUGACGGCACUUGCGCAGGACGAAGACGCGUGGUGGCAGCUUGGUCCAAACCAGGUUCCUGGCCCGGGCAACACGUCGUACACGCAGAACCAGACAUUUGAGGACUGUAUCGCCAGUGAUGGCAUCGGCUUCGACGGGUGGGUGGACACCCAGCUCCAAGCUGAUGGGGUCUCUCUCACCAGGUCGCUCUGGAACGGCGAGGUGCUUGGGAACGACAGGGAGUCCUACGCAAAGGAGAGGGCGGUCCGCCGCGCCGGUCUCCAGGCUGCGCUGCGGCAGUUCAGCAACGUCGAGAACCGGGUUGCCAAUACCCCGUGGCGCCGUGUACGCCUGCCCCUCUCGGCGGCGGAGAUCGACAUCAUGCGCAAGAACACCGGCGCCGGGCCGACACGCAAGUACGAACUUCCAAAGGUAGCCGACCACCAGCUCCAGAGGACGGACGGCAAGGACGACCCUCAGGGGUUCACAGUGAACAUGGCGCAGUUCUGGAGGAAACAGAAUAGGCAUAUGGCGCAAGCGCGCGACAAUAUCCUCAGCCGCAUGGGCUACGGUCUUCCCGGAGCGGGUGACGGUACUAUAGAGGUGCCGGAUGUGAUGCCGCCCAGGUCGAUUUGGGGCGCAUAUGUCGAAAAUGGGCUUGGCCAUCAGGACCAGUACCAUCGGGAGAUGCUGAGUCAAAUGAGAACUACGAAGAAGCUGUUUGACCGGGAAUUGAGAAUUGCUCCCCGGAACCUCCUCAGGCACAUGAAGAUCCUGUACGAACAGGGCUUCAGGGACGAGGAUGACGUCUUCACCGAUGUCGUUACGGGUGCGCGAAGGACGCCCCAGGCUAAUGCACAGAGAGACGUAGGCCUAGAGGACGGUAGGUCUGUGCCGAGGGACCUUGACAAGAUGGAAAUCUACUGGAUCCGGUUUCUACUCACCCAAUCCAUCACGCCGCAGAUGACAGAACAGCUGCAGCCUCGCGCAUCACUGUUUAUAUUGUUCGCCGACAAGCUGGCAAGCAUCUUCAACGACGUCUCGGACCCGCUGUUCCCAUGCAACGGGACCAAGGUCAGCGUCGAGGACCUCCUGGAACACAUCCACAAGAAGAGAGACGGCCCGGUCGACAGGAUCAAGUUCUAUGUCCACGACGUGCAAAUGUGGUUGGAGCGACUGCACAGCCAGGGCCGCUGCCGUUACCAGGAGGACUGGCGGUGUUAUGGCUGGGUAAUGCGUCCCGUUCCCACCUGCCAUCCAGAGCAGCUCAUCAGAUGGACGGUGCCUAACAAUGUCCAACUUCUUCGCCCCGACUUGGUGGAUGAAGACAUGUCCAUUGCACCUCGGUUCCGCCACCUGCGGAAUUGGCAUUCGCUUGUCGGAAGGGGCCUGCAAGAUAGUCCGCUGCACCCGGAAGUCGAAAACUACUUCCUCUGCCUCGCCUAUCGCUGGGGCUCCUACAUGCUGAAGCUGACAGGCGAAGGCGGCCUGGAGCAGCAGUGGAAGGCACGGCCGGCCAGGGCGAGUUGGGAUAUGAGGCAAGCCAUUGGUAGCUUGAAGACAGAAUUCGAAAGGGUUAGCCGGUGGGGUCUGUAUUGGGACGGCAUCGGUGGGGAGGAUGUCUUUAGCAGUCCCUUCCUGACGAUCGUCAGCCAAACCGCACCGGGCCGGACGGAACGAGACCCACGGACUCAGGACGAGGCACUUCAGAUCAUCCGCGACCAAAUCAUCAAGGAGGCCGUGCAGAACGACAGCAUGCUCUGGCCCGGGCGCAAUGCGAACGACUUCACAGACAACGCCGACGAGAAGGUGCGGCCGCCCAUCUGGAGCUGGGCCAGGACGGCGGUCCGCGGCAAUGUCAAGAGGUUCUUCAGCAUCAACCGGUGGCCGCUGCAGUUACAGACGUCGGCGAGGCAGAGAAUAUUGACGGACGACGCGGACAUCAACGUGGACUUCAUCUGGAAGCCCGAGCUUGAGGACCCGACGCCGGCCAAGUACUACCGGCCCAAGGCCAGGCCGUACGUCGACGAAAAGGUCCGCUUCAAGCCAGGCCACAGGAACUUCCUGAUCGGUGACACGCCUCAUCAGAAGCAGGUAGUGAUAGACCGGAUGUUUGCACAAAUGGGUAGAGCCAUGGGCCUUGUCAGAGAUCCAGAUGCAGCGCAAGGGGCAGCAGCACAAGGGGGAGCAGCACAGGGGUCACUAUGGCAGCCACCUGGCUUCGUUGAGAGGUGGUCAAAUUAUCUGCUAAGCCGUUUUGAUGAGGAAGACCCCAGGCGCUUCCAGGCGCCAGGAUCGAAGCUGCGCAAGUUCAACCGACGGGACAUCCCCAAGAGUUACGACCCUCGUAAGAGAAAGGCGGAACAGGAUGCUCGGGACCAGGCUGCCAAUCAGGUGCGAAGAGGCGAAGGGGCAGCAGACGUGGGCGCGGCGCGGCAGAGACAAGAUGGAGGGGGGGCGCCUGCAGCACCGGCCGACGGUGAUCGUCCAACAUGGUUGGAUUAUGCAGCGAUGGCAACCGCCAUUUGA